CGGAAGUUUGCGCCGAACACUCAACGUGAGAUUCAAACACAACUACUACACCUUACAAUGUGGAACGAUAGAGAAGCGUACAAUGACUUUUAAUAUCGCAAUUGUUGGCGCCGGCAUCGCUGGGCUCGGCGCUGCAAUCGCGUUGUCGCGAGACGGGCACACAGUGACCGUCUACGAGAGACGUGCCACUUCCAAGGAGGAAAGCGGCAGUGGAAUCCAAAUUCAGCCGUCCGGUGUCAAGAUUUUACAGAAAUGGGGUUUACUAGACGACCUGGGAAAAAUUGCGCAUGAGUCGGGCCAGCUCGAGCUGAUCAGAUAUGCAGACGGCAAUGUCAUCGCUACGCAGCAACGGAAAGGGGCGCGUAGUCAAUGGUAUUGUCUCCGAACCGAAUUGAGAAAGUUCUUACUCGAGGCCGCGAUAUCUGCCGGUGCCUCUGUACAAUUUGACGCGCCAGUGCAGAGUGUGAACCUGGAGGCUCCGUCCAUCACACUCGCCAAUGGGUCUACUAUAUCGGCAGAUAUCAUAGUCGGCGCGGAUGGCACCAACUCCGUUGUCCGAAAAGCCAUUUUCCCCGGCUCCGAACGAAGGGUGACGAAUGACUAUGCUUUUCAAGCCAGUAUCCCUCGCGACGCCAUGCUCGCCGACGAGGACACGCGAGAGAUUUACCACAUGCUUGCAGCGCGACCGUGGCUGGGCCCGUCCUCAUGGGCUUUAACCUCGACGGCGCCUCAUCAAGAAGUGUACGAUAUCCAAUUCUUGCUAUGGGACCGCGCUGUUGACCGAGAUCCGCAUCCGGACAAGCUCAUCGAGCCGCUCGAGGAUCUCGCCAUGAUUGAGGACGUGUUCGAGGGCUGGAGCCCCUUGUUUGUCAAAAUGCUCUCAAAGAGCGUGAAGUUUCUCAAAUGGCGCCUGGUCGAGGUGCCUCCGCCUCCAACGUCACUGGCUCCUGGUGGCAAGGUCAUCUUCAUUGGAGACGCCUGUCACGGCAUGGACCCCAACGCAGGAUUCGGCGCUGCGCUGGCUCUGGAGGACGCCGCAACGCUUGCUGCCGUUCUGCGCAAAGCGAGCGUGUCGGCGGACAUCCCGCGCUACCUGUCCAUAUGUGACAAGAUCGUGCGCGAACGUAGCAGUGCCGUUAGGCCAUAUUCCGCGUACAUGGGUAGGUUCUUCACGGUGCCAGACGGACCGAUGCAACAGAAAAGAGAUCAAGGAAUGAAGAAAUUCGACCCAAACCGCGUCGUGGGUGUGAAAGCAAGCAAACUUGCUAGAUACAACACACCGGAAUGGGUCUCAUAUCUUGAUGACUACAGCCCAGACGAGGCAGUAGACGAGAUCCUUCGCCAGGAUGCAGAUGGAAAGGCACAGGUUAAACAAGUGGUCUCAUCUAAACUCUAGCGUUCUGGACUGUCGACUCUGGAGCUGUGAUAUUACCACUCGAACAACAUCUCUUGGAGAGCGAGCCGACUAAUGUGCAGAGUGUCUUAUCAGAUGUAUAGGACGGGAUGCGCGUUUAUUUGUGUCAUUAUCAUUACUAUUACAUGGUGCGAAUCCAACGGAGCAUUGAGAGUCCAUGAAGACUUUCCUACUCUUCAUAUUUCCCGC